AUGGGAAGCACGCGCUCCACCGCCGACAUCUGGUUGGAGGAGAACAACAAGAGCGCAUUGGACGUCGCCCUGGAAGUCGCAGCAGAGAAGCCCGGAUCUCUCGAGGUCCUGGUCGACCUUCACGAGCAGUACCAGGACUACAAGAGCGAUGCUGGUCGCGGCCUCAGCUGCAAUGGUCUCCAAGCCGGAUCCCGGACUUUGGUGAAGCAGCUCUGUGACGGCUUGACGUUCUUGAUGUUGGCGGUGAAGCAUGGCAAUGCGAACCACAUCAAGCAGCUCCUCGACAAAGGCAUGGAGAAGGAAGCCAGAUGCGUCGAUGGCCGCACGGCUUUGAUGCUCGCGGCCAGGGAGGGCAAGACGGCGUCUCUGAAACAGCUCCUGGAUGGGGGCGCCGACAAGGACUGCCAAGACAGCGAGGGCCACACCGCGCUGAUGCUCGCCAUGCAGGGCGGCCACGAGGAGUCCUUCAAACUGCUCCUUGACGCGGGCGCAAAGAGGGGCCUGAAAAGCAGCGCUGGUAAAACGGUGUUGGAGCUGUCCGCCGACAACGCGAAAUUCCAGGCACUUCUGGGCCGCCGGAGCCUUGCUGGAGUGAGUUGUUGA